UCAAAAAUUUUAUAUAAAUAUGAUUUCUAUGACUUCAAACUAAGGACACCAAAUUUUUCCCUUAUUGUAUUUUUUAUCAGUAGUUUCUUUGUUCAACCACCCAAAACCUCUUGUCUCAGCCUUCAAAUACCCUUCAUCACGUACCUUUCUCCAUCUGAAAUCUCGAUCUUACUAUAUUUUUAUAUUACAAUGUCGUCAAGAAGUUACCACACAAACAUCUUAUGCAAAUAUCUCGUGAUCUUAGGCCUAGUCGCAUUCUUCUUCAUUGUCAUCUUCUUCAACCAAACCUACACCAAUUCACAAUAUUUCGACAGUAACAUAUUCACCAUAAAAUGUCAAGAGAGGCUCUUGCAGCCUAUGGAGGCGGCGACAAACUUGAGCCACUUGAUGUUCGUUUUGGUCGGGACUUCUCGUGCGUGGAAGCAUCGAAGAACUUACAUAGAAUCAUGGUGGAGACCAAACGUGACACGUGGCAAUCUAUUCUUGGACGUAAAGCCGUCUCCAGAGUUCCGGCCUUGGUCUCCGACCUUCCCGCCGUAUAAAGUCAACGAAGACCUCAAGAAACUGAGAAUCUACCGGAAGCUCCGAAACCCAAAACACAUUCGGAUCUAUAGAUCCGUUCUCGAGACUCACAGGCUCAAACAAGACGAGGGUGUGAGAUGGUACGUGAUGGGUGAUGAUGAUAGUCUUUUCUUCGUAGACAACAUAGUGGAUGUAUUGUCAAAAUACAACCACACGGAAAAACAUUACAUCGGAAUGUUUUCGGAGACGAUAAAAUCAAAUUUUUACUUAUCGUUUGACAUGGGGUUUGGAGGAGGAGGAUGUGCUCUAAGUUAUCCUCUGGUGGAGGCUAUGGCUGUAAAAUUGGAUGAGUGUGUUGAGAGGUAUCAUUACAUUUGGGCAGUAGAUCAGUUACAGAGUUUUUGUUUGGCUGAUUUGGGCGUUGAUGUUAUACACGAGAAAGGAUUUCAUCAGAUGGAUCUGCACGGUGACUUAUCGGGCUUACUCUCGGCCCACCCAACUGCACCUCUUCUCAGCCUCCACCACUUUGGGAUUGUCGCACCACUUUUCCCGGGCAUGGACCGUCAUGCCUCAGUCCUUCACCUAAUGAAAGCGGCCAACGUGGACCAAUCACGGAUGCUACAACAGUCAAUAUGCCACGUCAGAGCCAGAAACUGGACCUUCUCGGUCUCGUGGGGAUACUCUGCUCAUGUCUAUGAGAAGAUAUUCCCACGCAGCCACUUGAAGCGUCCCAUCGAGACAUUCCGUCCUUGGAUCCGAGGACGGCCUCCGUUUUACAUGUUUAACACAAGACCGGUUUCUCGAGAUCCAUGUGAAGCUCCUCACUGGUUUUUCUUUGAUUCGAUUGAACAAGAGAGCGAAGGAAUUGUUACUUCUUACACAAGGACGUUUCCUAGAAACAUGACUUCUUGUUCCUUUUCUGGUAAUAUUUCUGCGGAUCCUCUUGCUUCGAUCCGAGUCUUCGCUCCCAAACCUCCCAAACAGGGAAGAACAGUGGAAUGUUGCGACGUGGAAUAUGAGGGUUCAGAUGUCGCAAACAUAAUACUUAGAGAUUGUAGGAGAGACGAAAUCAUCGCCUAAUGAAGAGCACAAAUAUUGGUUAUAUUGUAAUUUUCAGUCUUCAAUCUAAUUAAUUAAGUUCCAAGUUGGUGUACGCAUUCAGCAACUAAUCAAGCUAACUCUGU